AUGUCUGCAGUUGGAUCUCUUGUAUUUUGCACAGAUUGUGGUAAUCUAUUGGAAAGUUCUACCGGUAACGAGAAUGCCGUUUUAACAUGCGAUUGUUGUGGAGCAGAAAAUAAAGAUACUGCUUCGAAAACCAUCACAACAAGAACGAAAGAAGAAUCAUUUCCCUCAGUAUUGCGACAGAAGAGAUCGGUUGUCCAAACCGUAGAGAAGGCUGAUUAUGAGAAUCAAGCAAUGAGUAAAACACCAUGUCCAGAAUGCGGCGCACAGGAGGUUAUGUUCAAGGCGGUACAAGUCAGAAGUGCAGAUGAAGGAAGUACUAUUUUCUACAAUUGUGCUUGUGGUCACAGAUGGGCGGAGAAUAAUUGA